GCGAUGCCUGUUAAUAAACGCCGGGCACCUUUUGAACUUUCUUUGAUACUGUCGGCGUUGCUUUUCACGAGUACCCCCAGGCCCACCUUGCCCCUCCCUCGCUCGCCGUGGCGCGGCUGCUGUUAGGAGAUGCGUCCGUGCGGGAUGGGAAGGAGAGGGAUGCGCGGCUCGUGCAUCCUCGCUGCCUGCGGAAACGGUGCCGGUUAUAUAACGCCCUCGCCGGGUAACGAGGAUUAAUUUUUCUUUGUCUGUAUUUACAUGGUGAUAAGAAGUGCUAAUCCCACUCCGUCAGUCUGGACUGAUGAAUCUGAGGAAUAGAACAGAGCCCUGUGUUGUGUAGACGAACUGAUGGAUGAAGAUGAGAAGGACAGGGCAAAGAGGGCAUCACGGAACAAAUCUGAAAAGAAGAGGAGAGACCAGUUCAAUGUCCUCAUUAAAGAGCUUUGCACAAUGCUGCAGGGCCAUGGCCACCCUCUCAAGAUGGACAAGUCCACAAUACUGCAGAGGACCAUCGACUUCUUACAGAAACAGAAAGAAAUCACAGCACAGACAGAAGCCUGUGAGAUUAGACAAGACUGGAAGCCUUCAUUUCUUAGCAACGAGGAGUUCACCCAGUUGAUGUUAGAGGCACUAGAUGGCUUUCUCAUUGCUCUUACCACUGAUGGGAUUAUUAUUUAUGUAUCUGAUAGUGUUUCGUCUCUGCUUGGACACUUACCGUCAGAUUUGGUGGACCAAAAUAUAUUAAACUUUCUUCCUGAGCGGGAGCAGAGUGAGGUGUACAAGCUCCUUUCUCCACACGUGCUCAUGACAGAUCCUGUUGCAGCUGAUUUUCUAAACGCGGAAAAACAAAUAGAGUUUUGCUGCCAUUUAGCAAGAGGCAGCUUAGAUCCAAAUGAACCCCUGAUGUAUGAAUAUGUGAAAUUUGUAGUGGAUUUUAAAUAUUUUACUCAUGUGCCUACACCCUCCUGUAAUGGCUUUGAGUCAGCUAUUGCACGAGCUUUCAGGUCAGCCACGGAGGAGCAGAUUUGCCUUGUAGCAACUGUUCGUCUUGUCACACCGCAGUUCUUAAAGGAGCUCUGCAAUGUUGAAGAGCCAUGUGAAGAAUUUACAUCGAGGCAUAGUUUGGAGUGGAAGUUUUUAUUCUUGGACCACAGGGCUCCACCUAUUAUAGGAUAUUUACCCUUUGAGGUUCUGGGAACGUCAGGGUAUGAUUACUACCAUGCAGAUGACCUGGAGCUUCUUGCUAGGUGCCACGAACACUUGAUGCAGUUUGGAAAAGGGAAGUCCUGUUACUAUCGGUUCCUGACCAAAGGCCAGCAGUGGAUAUGGCUGCAGACACACUACUACAUCACCUACCACCAGUGGAAUUCCAAACCCGAGUUCAUCGUUUGCACUCACCUGGUAGUUAGUUAUGCGGAAGUUCGAGCUGAAAGAAGGCGAGAUCUUGGCCUUGAAGAGUCAUCAAUUGAACUGGCAUCCUCUUCUCUAAAGAGCCACAGCAGCUACCUGGACGUGGGGCGGUGCGGCAGCAGCCAGGACGCCAGCCGGGAGGGAGUUUCGCUGUCGUCCCACAGCUCCCGGCGCUCCUCGCACACCGCCCUCUCCGACUCCGCGUCCACGUCGUCCAUGCGACACACGGACACCAGCACUCCCACCCGGCCGUCGGGGCAGGCGGAGAAGGCAGGCCUGCGGCUGGCAUCAGCUGGAAGCGCUCAGGCCAUAGUAACUCCUCAAGCCCCUGGUGAGCACCUCCCUCAGCAUCCCGUGGCUCAGCCGGCAGUCCCCUCUCAGCACGCUGUGAUGCCAGUGUACCAUUUCCCGACCCAGCUGGGGAUGAUGCAUCAGCUGAAAGAGCAGCUGGAGGAGAGGACUCGCAUACUGCAAGCUGACAUCAAGACACAGCAAGAAGAGCUCCACGUCAUCAAGGAGCAGCUCCAGCUAGUGCAGGACUCCAACCUGCAGAUGCUGAUGCAGCAGCCGAUCCCCGUCGUCUUUAACAACGUGCAGCACCCGAGCCCCAGGAGGCCACCGCCGCCGGGGACGCCCAGGCAGACCACGGCCAAGAAGUCACAGCAGCAAGGCCUUAUGGGGACAAAGCACUACUGCAGCACCCACCUGCUGUCACCGCGCCAAUUCCUCAGGGACCCCUGCGGCACGGCCGCCCAGGUGCAGCAGCAGCAGCAGCACCUAUUGAGAGGAAACCAAGCCCAGCAAACGUGUCUGCCAGGGCAGACGAGCAUUUCAGUGCCCCUCUACAACAACCCCAUGGUGUUUUCGCAAACGCAUCCCAUUACAGUGGCUGCACAGAUGCCGACCGAUGGCAGCGAAAGGCAACCGCAGUCUGACUACAGCCAGGACAGGAGCCUCAGGAUGCUGUUGGAUCAGUCUAUCCAAGCCAUGAUGCCCGCCGCCAACAGCAGUGGCCAGGCCACGCAGAGCAGUGCCAGCAGGCAGCAAGGAAAAUUCGUUGCAGAGCAGCAGAUCUUGCCUCCCCCAAUACAGAUGCAACCAGUUACCUGUAGCACCGUCCGACCUCCAGCCCCGUCGCCCGUUUUCUCCCCAUCUCUGAUGAUCCCCCACACCAGCUUCACAUCCCACCAGACAAACACACCGGUUCAUCUCCACCAGUGGCCACAGCAACAGGUUCAGCAGCACCGUCUCUACCUUCAGAUGCAAGGUCCUGAGCCGGCGCCUGGGGGUCCGACGCAGUGCAUUUUCCAGCCCCCCCACGCCCCGCAGCAGAACCCCCUGAGCUAUUUCCUCCACCCGCAGCAGCAGAGCCGCCACGCGCAGGGCCAGACCUGCAACCUGCCGGACCUGCCCGAGAUGCAGCUGCCCUGAACGCCGGGUCCGGGAGGCAGGGACCACCUCGGCUGCGGCAGCUCGGCGCUCCGGCCGCGCGCGGAGGGGAGGACGACGCCGUCGGAGCACGGGACGGGUGAGGUCGGGCCCCGCGGGGAAGGCGGUGGCCGGAGGGACGGACCCCGCCGGGGGGUGGACGGCUCCGGGGGGGCACCUCGUCGGUCGGGAUUUCCACGCAGCCGGGCCGUCACGCCGCUCCGGCAGCCGUACGCGCCCUCGCCCAGCACCGCGGUACGACUGGAAGGCGAUGGCUUUCUGGCCGCGAGGAGGUUAGGUAUCGGGUCGCCGCGAAGGUUGCUUCGCAACGGAGAAAACCCUUUUCCGUUCAGGGCUUCGAUGCUGAAAGUCACUGUGAAUUUAAGCCCGGCGUUUGGAGCACAUACACAGACUGUCCCAGUCCACAGGACGCCAUUGGGUUACCAUGUACAUAACUCGUUUCGCUGUAGUAGGUCCAUUGUGGAUUUUUUUUUUUUUUCCUUUUUUCUAUACCUCAGUCCCGCAAUUUUUUGUUUUCCAGGAGAUUGGAUAAUGCUGCUAAUUUACAUAACACCACUUUUGCCUGAAUUUCUUACUGUUGUUAUACCAGCUCACAUCGCAGCUAGCAAGGUAUUUGUCAUGUUUUAUUUUGGUUAACAAGUGCAGAUAAAUUUAUAUGGUUUUUACUCCCUGUAGCCAAAUAUUUUUCAGGUUACAGACAAAGAAUCCUUACUCAUUCUUUUUUUAGUUGUUUUGUUUCAAGUGCUGUAGUUGUAUAUGUUUCUAUACAUGAAAACAAACAAAAAAGCGUAGAACGGCAUAUGACGGCAAACUUUGUGGUUUUGCUAGGUCAUGUUUCAAUUUGGCGAACCUGAAACGUAUGAUCACAAUGACACAAGUGAUGUUACAAGCCCAUAGGGUCAGCAAUAAAUUGUAUUUUUGUAAAUUGUCACUUUUUAACUAUAAGUUUAUAUUUAUGAAUUGAAAAACCAGUUUAUUCCUCAGUGGGUGUAUAGUUAACUGUCCCUACUGUUUGUGUCUUUCCAAAGGAAAAAUUACAAUGUACAUUUUUGAGGCGUUAGUAGCUGAGUACUGACUUUGGGCACUGUUAGAGCCCAAACGUAGGAGAUGGGUUAGGCCAUUACUAUAAGCUUUGCAAGAAAAUGGUCAGUUAGGACCAGGUCCAUCUAGCAGCAAAGCUCCAUCUGGCAGUCAGAGCAAGGUUUAGGGACGGGUUAGUUCGUAACCUCUGUCGAAUCCGAGCAAAGCGUGCUGCUUUUUUUUUUUUUUUUUUUGCCUUUUUUUAUUUGGCAGUUGUUUGCUUUUUUCCUUGUGCAAGCCGCUUUCUUGGCUCUUUGCACCACCGCAGGCAGCUGGACGCUGGUGCUUACCGGUGGAGCAGCCUUUGGCACGGGCAACCCCCAGCAGCCCUGUGUUUCAAGAAAAGGGGGGAAGCGGGAAAGUUAGCGUGCAAAAAAACCUAGGUGUAGCUAGUGGUACAUAUAUCUGUAGCUAGAGAUAUCUAAUGCUGUCGAUAUAGGUAUGUCUAUAGCUAGCCGGCUAGCUCGCUUUCCCCACCGGCCACACGCAUUUUCUGCGCUGCAGCACCGGGAGGAUUUUGUUGGCUUUGGGGCCGGGCGUGAGCACGUGGGCUCGGUAGCAGGGGGACAGAAAAACCGGACUCUCUCAGCCUGCCUGAAAGAGGUUGCGGCAGCCCGCGUUUCCCGGAGAGCUCUGGAACGAAAGGGGAGCGCGCCAGCUCUGCCCCAGACAGGGUUUUGGCUGCAGCCUUUCCUGCCGCCUGGCGGGGUGCAGCGUGACUCACCCCCGGCCCCGUUACACAAGGGGCCGUUUCCCACCCGCCGGGUUUUUCCUGGAGAACGGGACGGGGUUUCCACGCGCCUCAUCGCCCGUGGUGGUGGCGAGAGGAUGGGCUGCCGGAGCAAGGGGCACCAGGGGCUUUUGUGGGGCUGGUGCAAGGCGCUGGGCUGCUGUGCUCUUCUGGCCACGCAAACAAAAGCCGUGCGAGGCCCCCCCCCGGCUUUCCGCGGGACCCCCCUCCCUUGGCAAAAGCGUCGGCAUGGGUUGGCUUUGGCCGGGGCGUCGGGGCACGCUCACCUCCCGGGGAUGCCGGCGGUGACGGACUGCGGGUCGCAGAGCAGGCAGAGGGGAGGUGCAGCCUCCCGGCCACGAGCGGCGUUUUGGGGAGCACAGCGGGCCGUAGCCCAGAGCCGAGGGGGUGCCCGGCAGCCCUUAGCCCUGGGGUGACGCUGUCGGGGCUAGUGCCUUGAGAGCGCGGUCCCUGGCUGGGACCCAGCCGCUGGGCACCGGGGUGGCUGAGCCCCUGCUCUUGGGCACAGCCUGAAUUGCCCCCCCACCCCAUUUUAAAUCCCUACAAGUAACUGCGGCUACAGCAGAGCCGUGGGCCAGGGUCGCCUCGCUGCCGGGAGUGGGACGGGGAGCGCCAGCCUUGGCGGUGUCAUCUGGAGCUGAACUAGUAACAGCCGCAACCCUUGGCUCUGAGACCCCCAAGUCCUGGGGAGAGCACGGGGGUCUUUUCUGCCCCAGGUGGUUUGUGCUGCAGCGUCACAUGCAGCAAGGGCCAGCACGGAGCCUUUGAGGUAGGAAAUAAUAAUUCUUUUUUUUUUUUUUUUAAAGCACUAUUACUUUUAGGGUCUCCCCCUCCCCAUGCCAAGACAGGAGGGUUGCUUGUGAGGUUGGGGCAGGAGGGUUUGCUGUGGUUUUGGGGGUGGUUGGGGGUUUUUUUUCCCCCCCCCAACCUUGGCACAUCACGUUAGUAGGGAGGCAAACACACACAUUUAUGUUAGGGCUCCACUAUUGUACACAAUUUGUGGCCUGGCAUGGCUGGCAGGAGGGAAAGGCUGUGCAUUUCCCUGUCUUGCCCAUUAAACCUGCAUCACCCCGACACACCACCAUGGCUGUUCUGCAGCGUCCCAUCACCGUACAUGAGCCCCGACAUGGCAGGUGUCAAUCAAAUGUAUCUCAGAGGUGGUGGUGGUUGGAGUCAGGGGCUUGGGGGUUGGUUGUUUUUUGGUUUGUUUUUUUUUUUUUUUUAAGAGGGCUUGGUAGGGAGGUAGCCAAGGCAGCGAUGGUCUGCCAUUGCUUGGCUUUGAAAGCAAGUCCAAUAAAAGAGGGUUGGGAAGGGGUUUGGGGGGGGGGUGGUAGGUGUGCGAGAUGGGGGCUGUGCCGUGGACACAGGACACAGCCCUUCUGAUGGCAGCACUGGGCUGCACAGACAGGGAGGGCUGGGGGGGGGGACCACCACCCCUGCUCACAGUCUCUCCUGAGUCGGCAAGGAGCACGGGAGGUUUGCAAGGAUGUUUACAUGUUAGAUUGGCCUUGCUAAAACAAGAGACCUAAAAUGCACUUUAUCAUGUGCCCCCCCCCCCCCCCCCAACCCUGCUUUAUUCCCCGUGUCCAGUCCAGCCGCUGACCUAGCUGCUGGUGGGCACUGGGUGGCUGCACGGUCCCAGGCGCUGCCGCACGGGUAGAGCUGUGUUUUCCAGACACGCGCCAAAGGACAAAAUCCCACAGACCCUUUUGGGGACUUGCUUGGUCCCUGCUCCGUCUGCCUCCGGGUUGAGGAAAGGCCGAGUCAGGGCCAUGGGAUUUUUGCCUUAUAUCGUCAUUCACUCUCAAAAAAUAUAUGAAUAAAUAAAUCGCUUUAUUCAGGUUGAUUUGUAUUUGUUUACCUCAGUGUUAGCUAUGACCUGUGUUUUUGGGACCCAUUUGGAAUUGAGGGUUGCUGAUGGGUUUGGUUCACACACCCCCAGGUGCUUACAAAAAACACAAGUGACUUGCUGGGGACAAGCAGAGGGUUAGGAACGUGACCGAUGCCGCCUGCGUCGGGGUUGGGCUCCAGUGUCCGUGUCGGCCUAUUAGUCAUUAGUGUUCUGAAGCUUUCUAGUACACAAACACCUAUAUACUAUCUCUCUCUCUAUAUAUAGAUAUACAGAUAUAUGUAUUUUUAAUAUACAUAUGUGUAUGUACAUGUAUAUCUAUAUAUACGUAGGCCACACAAUUCCAGACCUCUGAAAACACAGGCAGCUUUAAUUAAUAAAGUCUUGCACUUUUAGCGUAUUUGUACAUAUAAGCUAAAGCCUGGUGGGUAUAAUCAGGCUGGUUUGACAAACACAGUGAAAAGUUACUGUAUAUAUUGUAUAUACUCCAUGUAAAAAAAAAAAAAAAAGAAAGAAAACAUCUUAGAAUUGAG